AUGUCCCUCUUCUCGAAAUCCGAAGGUUUUGUUAUAAACGGUGGAGUUUUCACUGCUGUGGCAGGAGACCUGAAUUAUGGUAAUGGAGAACGUGAAGGACAAGAUACCCCUGGGCGAGGCCUCGAAAUUUUGUACCAGGCUGCCGUGACCGGGGCUUCCCAUGAUGCUGAACAGCGUUUCCCUCCUCCAAAUUGCUAUCCGGGCACUCGGAUUCAAAUUCUGGAGAUCUUAAAGACAUGGAUCAACAACGACAAUAAGUCCACCUCGAUUUACUGGAUUUACGGUGCGGCAGGCGUAGGGAAAUCCGCAGUGGCUCAAACUAUAUCGGAAACCUUUGCACAGGGUACAGCAACAGGUCGUUUGGCUGCUAGUUUCUUCUUUUCACGCGCAGACUCGGCACGGAACAAUCUAUCCCUAUUCUUUAUCACCAUUGCUCACCAGUUAGCGAUAUCCCCUGUGCUCGGACGGCAUGUAGGAAACAGUAUCGACCUUGCAAUUCGUCAGAAGCGUAAUAUAGUACAUGCUGCAUUAGAGCAUCAGUUCCAGGAACUCAUUGUAAAACCUUGCAGCAAACUAAGGUCCGAAGAGUGGAAAAGUCUUCCCCGGUUAAUCGUCAUCGACGGUCUAGACGAAUGCCUCGAUAUAGCGUCACAGGAGCGUCUGCUUUCUAUUAUCCGACAAUCCAAAACAUCCACGCCGCCCUUACCAUUCCAUUUCCUCAUAUGCAGUAGGCCCGAGCCUCGCAUACGCAACGCUUUCAGCCAUCCAGGCUUUCGCCUCAUUCUGGACUGUAACGACCUUGGCGACUCCUUUGAGUCCGGGAAGGAUAUCGCUAAUUAUUUCCGAGAUCAAUUUGGGAGAAUUCGACAGGAACACGGCCGUACCAUGGCUCAUGUAGAAUCCGACUGGCCAGGCGAUGGGAUUAUUCAACAGCUUGUCCAGAGGGCGUGUGGGCAAUUCAUUUAUGCCACUACUGUCCUUAAGUACGUCGGAGACUACCACGGUUUGCCUACCGAGCGGUUGGAGAUCAUUAUGAAUAUCACUGUUCCUGAAGACUUUGACUCUCCGUAUCCUGACUUGGAUCUGUUGUACAUGCAGAUACUCUCUAUGUGCAAGAAUAGGGACCUUCUCCUCCAUGUUAUGGGUCAUCUGUUGAAAUCUGAUCCAGACAUCUACUUUGAUUCUCGCUUUGAACAAAAGACGACUCAUUGCAUCGAAGGGCUAUUUUUCUUACAGAAAGGGAAGGCUUCGACAUUGUUCUUUGGACUGCAUUCAGUCCUAGUUAUACCUGAAGACGACCACAACAGUAUCACCAUCCGUCACGCAUCCUUCGUCGACUUCCUCACUGAUCGAAAGCGGUCGGGGAAGUAUUAUGUGGACAUAGAUCUAAUGACCCGCCACGAACAAAUUGCGUUGUACCUUUUGAAGCGCAUCACCUACUCGAUUAAGAAUACCCACAAACUCUCACGCAUGAACUCCGAGUUCGACACUUACGCAUGGGAUUUUUGGUACCUGCACUGUCGAAAAGUGGCGAGGUUGCCCAGUGGGGAUUUCCUCAUUGCUUUAUAUGAGCUCGAUCCUUGUGGGUUCCUCAACACCGCUAUGCGACGCAGAAAUACCAGUUUGGAAGCCUGUGUUUCUGUAUUACGAAAUUGCCUCAGACGCCUCGAUAGCAUCGCUCAGUGGUCCAAAGCUUUACGGACCUUGGUAUCCUCUGAGACACAAGGCAAUCCAUCAACGGUAACCACUUUAUCAGCUGCUCGAUACCGACUAUUCCAAGACGGUUUUCGAGUACAGAUACCAUCGAGCCUACAGCCUCGAGAGAAAGAUACACUGAAACGGGGUAUUUCAGUGCUCAAAUAUGAUUUGUUAUUGUACAAACCAAAUAUGUGGGAUGUUAUUUCCGACCUCACACAACGUCACUUGAGCUCAGAGGAAGUUGGUACUGCUCUGAGUUCUUCCUGGCCAUGCCCGACCAUUGUAUCUUUCAAACCCGAAUCACAGCCACAGGAUAUGAUGCAUCCACUUUUUGACCUUGUGGACGUUUAUUUCUCUAGUUGCCAAGAAGAAAUAGUGUUACAAUGCCUGCAAAUCAUCCGAGAACCUUCACAGAGUACAAAGGAGGUCAUUAUCUACUCCAAAUUUCAGUGGAUCAAUCAUCUUUCAGAGACCAUACCGAACGAGGGAAUGUUGCAGGUUUUGCUGAAGAAUUUGCAUUUUCUCCAAACCAGUGAAGAUGCAAAGAAGGCUCUUAAAUGGGUUGAGAGGUCCGGACAUUUUGCGUCUAGGAAUAAAGUCAUUCAGGCUCUUAACACCCACGUACGGAGACUCACGGAUUUGGAGGAACGAAGGAAGCCUCGAGUAAAGAGGCGAUGGUCCUCGUGGAUAUGUAUGUAA